AUGUCUGCUAAAAUUAAUAAAAUGCUUAUUUUUGAUGAAAAAUGCAAGCAUAUAGCAAUAUUAGAAAGAUGGUUACAAUAUGCUUUCACAAAACAAAUAGUAUUAACAGAUAAAAUUCUUAUAGAAAAGGCUAAAAAUAUUGUUUCUAGUAUUAGAAAAGAACAAUUCUGUAGUUCAAAAAAAUGA